AUGAGAGAAACUAAACCAUAUAAAGAUGUGAAUCCGCGUUUUCGCCAAGAUCCGUCGCCCGAUAUCACCAACUCCAAGCAAUCGCAUGGCAAGAAUCAAUCUGCGAUUGAUUUCGUAGCCUUUAUCGACGUACGGACUAUUCGAUUAGAGUUGAUUACAAAGAAUCGUGAAAAGUUAGGUUCAAUUAUACGAACAAUAAUUUUCUGCGGAACUCAUGAUUUGGCUCUUCGUGGCAAAAAUUCAUCUGAAGAUAAUUUCAAAGAUCUUUUAAACUUUCGGGUGCAAGCUGGUGAUUUGAUUUUGAAACAUCAUUUGGAAGAAGGCGCACAGAAUGCACAAUACACAUCUGUUAGAAUUGAGCAUGAGAUAAUUGGAAUUUGUGAAAGCAUAAUAGCAAAUGACAUUGUUUCAAAAGCUAACAAUUCCAAAUGCUUCUCAAUUUUAGCAGAUGAGACCUGUGAUAUUGCUGGGGUAGAACAACUUUCUUUAGGCGUCAGAUUUGCGCAUUUUGAAGAUGGCAAAUUAACUAUACAAGAAGAGUUCCUUGGCUUUGUUGAACUUAAAAAAUUUGAUGCUCAGUCUAUUUCCGAUGCUAUUUUGUCGAAGUGCGAAAGCUUAAAGUUGAAUAUGGCAUAUUGUGUAGGUCAGGGUUAUGAUGGAUGCUCUGUAAUGUCGGGAAAAGAGAAUGGUGUGAAAAGUAUAAUACAAC